GCCAGCCAAGCAACACGCGCUUCCAGUCCGUUACACGGGAGCAGAUAAAUUAUCUGGGCGACCAUUCAAAAGAAGAAAACAUGUUGAGUAAUACUGCGGAUCCAGUGUCAGGGCCUUCCCAGUGUGAAGAUGUCCAUGAUCAGAGCCUGUCUCGUACAGACAGGAUAAAGGCCCAAGGAAUGACGCUGAUGGAUUCCAUCAAAAAGGGUCUAUUUGUGGUGGGCAGUGCUAUAGUAGUUUUCUCAGCAUUCAGGAACUCUGUCACAUGGCAUUUGCAGAAUGUGUGGGGAGCAUCAGGGUAUUUCUGGCAGAGUAUAUGGAACUCGAUCUUCCACAUGUUUGGUGACAGUGACAUAUGGCUGGGAACUCUGGGGACUACUAUAUUCACGUUUGUUGUUUUCUGGGCUGGAAACAUUUUGCUGCUGAUACUUGACACAACAGGCUGGCCGGCUUUUCUCCUCAAGUACAAGAUCCAGGAGGAUCAGAAUGUCCCAGUGGAUAAGAAGAAGCUACUGAGAGCUGUGAACCAGGUGCUGUACAACCAGAUCAUUGUAGGAAUCCCUUUCUGUUACACAUUUACGUGUUUCAUGAUCCAACGAGGAUGUCAAUUCCAGGGAGAGCUACCAUCCUUCCCCUGGGUCAUCCUGGAGCUCAUCAUCUUCUCCUUGGUAGAAGAAGUAGGAUUCUACUACAGUCAUAGACUGUUUCACCACCCGAAGCUCUACCGUUUCAUCCACAAACGUCAUCAUGAAUGGACAGCCCCUAUUGGGAUCAUCGCGCUGUAUGCCCACCCUGUAGAGCACUGCAUUAGUAACCUUGGCCCUAUUGCACUCGGACCUCUGAUCAUGGGCUCCCAUGUGGCUACAGCCUGGAUGUGGUUUGCCCUUGCCCUUUGGUCUACCACAGUGUCACACAGCGGUUAUCAUUUCCCAGGUCUACCUUCUCCGGAGGCUCACGACUUCCAUCACCUUAAAUUUACACAGAACUUUGGAGUUUUGGGAGUCCUUGAUCGUCUUCACGGCACGGACAACCAAUUCCGUGAGCACAUUGCGUAUAAACGCCACAUUCUGUCACUGAGUUCAGUUCCUAUGUCGCAGCAGUUUCCAAACCCUACUGAUGCAAAGGGCAAGUAACUCCAACAUGGAAGUCGUUCGUCGGACCAUUUUUCCAGCAGACAUUGCUGAAUUGAAAUCUGAUGCCAGCGCCAUGGUUAGAUGAAUUGACAUUUAUGUCACAAAAUAAUCAUUGUCAGUUAAUAUGGAAGUUUAUAUUUAACAAAAUGUUCAAAGGUUUUGGUUUACCCUUCUAUCGUUACAUUAGGAAAUUCCUUAAUGCGAAUAUGUUUUUUGACAUUUUAGACGAAUGCUGUGCUCAUAUAAUGUGUGCAUCAGUAGUGUCUAUACAGAUCUAGAUUAUGGAAAGAAAAAGAAAAAAUGUUUUUUAUCAAAUAUGAAUAGUAUUAUUAUGGCUAAUGUCUUUCAUAUAAUAUGUUUAAGUGUUGAUUGUCAAAUUUAUUUUUCAGAAGUUUUAUUUUUCUUGCGAUGUUUGACGUGUUUGUACAGAUCCAUUAGUAAUUAACGAAUAUAUAGAUCUAAAUUUGCGAAUCUCACCGAGAGUGUCUAAAUCUCAUCAGUUUUUGUAUAUAUCUCUGACAGCGAGAUAAGUGUGUGCAUUUUCUUGUACAGUACAGUCUGUUUGGUGCUAAUGUAAUUUGUGAUAUGUCAGUGUUUGCGCUUUGCAUUUUCAAAAGAUUUACUUAGGAUUUGAAGUGAAUUAAUUAAAUUUUGUGUUGCAAGAUUUGCUUUUUAAGGAUUGCUUACAGAAAUUUGUAAUAUAAAAACAAAUUUUAUGAGGUUUUUGAUAGAAAUUGAAAAUAUAUUCAUUUGAAAAUAUGAUUGUGACAAAUAUUUUUAGAUAGAUAAAAGAAAGUCAAUUCUGGAAAAUAUAAUGCAAAUUUCAGGAUAAACAGUAAAUGGAAUUUUAAACACAAUUAAAACCUUGAAAGUACAGAAAAUUUUGUCAUAUUUUCUUCUGUAUCUAUAACACCAUGUUCAUACAUGUCCAGUUUACAAAAGAAAUUAUUGAUACCUUAUGGAAUCUGAAUUCCCUUAAUAUUUCAAAGAUGUCUACUACAGAUUUUGACAACAGAUUGGAGCCGUUGCAACAUAUUUUGAUUCUUUUUAAUAUUGUAAUGUUCAGUUUGAAAUAUGAGAUUUUUUUUUUCACCAAAGUAAUGAAACUUCACUAGUCAGAAGGAAUUGGCCAUUUUGAAAUGAAUUUAUUUGUAUGUUUCUAGUCAUUUCGUUUAUUUUUAAACUGUCUCCAGGGUGAUAAAAGCUAAGGAAGGAAAAUCAGAAAAGAUUUCAAUUCAUUACACAUUAUUUGAAAAAUUGCUAGGGAAAAAAGUAAACUCAAACAUUGAUGAAAUUGUGAAAGAUCUGUCUGAAUAAUUGAUCUGUUGGUGGUGAUAUAAGAUGAAUAAAUUGCUAAAGUUGAUGUUCAUGUUGGAAACAUUCUGAGGGAAAUCUAGCGGCAGUAAAAGAAUUGCCAACUGUAUGCGUCAGUGCUGUUAUGCUUCACACUGGUGUGGGUGACAGUCUUGUCAUCAAAACAGCAUGAACAAGUUUCUUACUAGAUGUUUUUGAGGAACUUCAGAUCUGUUCCAUGGUUGUUCAUGUAGGUUGUCUCAUAAAAAAAAAAAUAAAAAUAAAAACCAACAUGAUUACAUGUGGUUAUCGUUUUGACUUUCAAAAGUUUCUUGAAUGUUUUAGCACUUACAUAAAUAAUGUAGGGCUAUAGUUUUAUAGAAAAAGAAUUCAUUGUUUACUGUUGUCAUUAAUAUAUACACAGUUUGUGAGGAUUCCAAAAUUAUAUUUUAAGUACACAUACCCUGUUAAUUAAUAUUUGCUAGAGAAUGGUUGUGGUUUUGAAUUAAUUGAUUAGCAAUAAUAUUGUUUACAGCUAUUCUAAAUGAAAGUUCACAUUAUAAGAUGAAUUUUGUUUCAAGGUUUGGAGUGGCAACAGAGAAAGUGUUGUAAUUAAAACUAGCCAGUGAUAUUAUGAAGGUGAACUUCUAGAACAAAGUCUUUAGAACAAAGUCAUGGCAUACAUCAUCUAAGGCCAGGUGUGAAUCAUUUUUUUUUGUCUUCAUAGCUAGUAGCCUAAAUAUCUUUCUAGCUGGUUGAGUUCUUUUCAUCAUUUUGUGUCCAAGCAGAGAAAAGAAAAUAUCAGGAAAUGUGUUUCACCUGUGGACUACAUUAUGCCUAAAUUAUUCCUAAAUUAUCAUCUUUGAGAAUUUCUGGGAUUUUCUUGGACAUAUUAAGCACCUAUCAAUGCAAUUUACUGAUACAUAUUUUAAUUAUACUGAUACCCGGUAUUUAUUUUUUCUUUCUUUCUUCCUAAUUUUUAUCUUGUGUUUCAUGUUUAAAAGUGUUUUCUUUUUCCUUUUUAGUUGAUGGCACCAGAUGUCUUUUUAGUUGAAUUAUGAGUUUUACAUACCUCAGAAUUUUUGUUCAGAAUUUUCAUCAAUGCAAAUUUGUAAGAAACUUGAUUUCUUUCCAUAUCAUUAAAUGUUAUUCUGUAAUACACACUUUUUCAUAAUAAACAAAUCUUUUAUAAACAACAUUAUUACAAGUUUUACAAAUUUUUGAGGAAAUACUGACCUGCAUACACUGUAUUUGGUUUCAAUUGUAAAUAUACAUGUAAUAUAAUUGUACAC